AUGAAUCCACUCAUGGCUUUCUUCAUAUGGGUAAAUUUGUUCAUCAUCAUUUUCAAUUGCCUUUUAACUGCAACGCCCAUCUUCUCAAAUUCAAAUUCAAUCCCAAACUUUCUAGAUUUAGCCAAAGAGCCUCAAGUCUUUGAUUGGAUGGUUGAUAUUAGGAGGAAGAUUCAUGAGAAUCCAGAAGUGUGUUAUGAGGAAUUUGAAACCAGUAAGCUUAUAAGAGCCAAGUUGGAUGAAUUGGGUAUUCAGUAUAAACAUCCAGUAGCAGUUACAGGCGUUAUUGGUUACAUAGGAACUCGUCUUCCUCCUUUUGUUGCUCUUAGAGCUGACAUGGAUGCACUUCUUAUGCAGGAAUUGGUGGAAUGGGAGCAUAAGAGUAAAGUAGCUGGAAAGAUGCAUGCAUGUGGUCAUGAUGCUCAUGUUGCUAUGCUUCUUGGUGCUGCAAAGAUCCUCAAGGAGCAAGAAAAAUAUUUACAAGGAACUGUUGUUCUUGUUUUUCAACCUGCAGAAGAAGGAUGUGGUGGGGCUAAGAAAAUUGUAGAUGCUGGAGCAUUAGAAAAUGUCUCUGCCAUUUUUGGAUUGCAUGUCCUAUAUAACUUGCCUCUAGGCGAAGUGGCGUCUAGGUCUGGUCCUCAGUUUGCAGGAAGUGGCUUCUUUGAAGCAAUAAUAAGCGGCAUGGGUGGCCAUGCGGCAAUUCCUCAACAUUCUAUAGAUCCUAUAUUGGCAGCUUCCAAUGUCAUUGUUAGCUUACAGCAUAUCAUUUCUCGCGAAGCUGAUCCCCUCGACUCUCAGGUUUUGACUGUAGCAAAAUUUCAAGGAGGUGCUGCAUUGAAUGUUAUUCCAGACUCUGUCACAAUUGGUGGUACCUUCCGAUCUUUUUCGAGGGAAAGCUUCACGCAAAUGAGACACCGCAUUGAGCAGGUUAUUACUGGACAAGCUGCUGUGCAGAGAUGCAAUGCAACAGUCAGCUUCCUUGAUGAGGAGAAGCCUUUAUUCCCUCCAACUGUAAACAAUGGUGACUUGCACGACUAUUUUCAAAGUGUCGCCAAGAGUUUACUCGGUGCAGAUAAAGUUAAAGGCAUAGAACCAAUGAUGGGAUCAGAAGACUUUGCGUUCUAUCAAGAGGCUUUGCCGGGUUACAUCUUCCUCCUCGGAAUGGAGGAUGUCUCAGUUGAACAUCUUCCAUCUGGACACUCACCCCAUUUCAAAGUCAAUGAAGAUGUGCUUCCUUAUGGUGCUGCGCUUCACGCCUCAUUAGCUGCCAAGUAUCUUGCCAAACUUCAUCAGGAGUUGCCUGUAGUAGAGGGGAAAAAUCAUGAUGAAUUAUAG